AUGUCACACCAAACUGGAAUUAAUGCAACAUCUGAGCUGAAAGAGUUUCUGGCCCGAGCGAGGGGAGGUGCCAUCAGAAUAAUGAAGAUUGUCAUCAGAAAUGAGGAGUUGGUGCUAGAUUCAUACAGAGAGCCUGCACACAGCUGGGACAAGGACUAUGAUCAGUCCUUGCUUCCUCUGCUCACGCCUAAGGAGCCGUGCUACAUCCUCUAUCGUCUGGAUUCCCAGAAUGCACAGGGAUAUGAGUGGAUCUUCAUCGCCUGGUCACCUGACCAAUCACCAGUGAGGCAAAAGAUGAUGUACGCAGCAACUCGUGCCACACUGAAGAAAGAGUUUGGAGGAGGUCAUAUCAAAGACGAAAUGUUUGGCACAGUCGAGGAGGACCUGUGUUUCCAGGGAUACCUGCGACACAUGUCCUCCUGCUCCUCUCCAGCUCCUCUCACAGCAGCCGAGCAGGAACUGCAACGAAUUAAAGUCACAGAGGUAGAGUUUAAACAGUUUCAGCUGUCUGAUAUGCAUAUUCAAUGUGAUACACAUUUUGGCUUAGACAAAAGGGCACAGACUCUCCAGGGUCUUGCAUUCCCAUUACAAGAAGAGGCCAAACGAGCUCUGCAGCAACUCAAGCAGAAACGUAUCAACUACAUACAGCUGAGGCUGGAUGUAGAGAAAGAGACCAUUGAGCUGGUUCACACCAAACCUACAGAGACCCGCGAGCUUCCAUACAGGAUUCCCACAGAUUCACCCAGAUACCACUUCUUCAUCUUCAAACACUCCCAUCAGGGCCAACUGCAGGAGGCGCUGGUGUUCAUAUACUCGAUGCCUGGGUACACCUGUAGUAUCAAGGAGAGGAUGUUGUACUCCAGCUGUAAGAACAGGCUACUGGAUGAGGUGGAGAGAGACUACCAGCUGGAGGUCACCAAAAAGAUGGAGAUAGACAGCGGCGAUGGCCUGACAGAAGACUUCCUGUACGAGGAGGUCCACCCGAUGGAGCACACCUUAAAGCAGGCCUUUGCCAAGCCCCGUGGACCAGGAGGCAAGAGGGGCAACAAACGCCUCAUCAAGGGUGCGGGGGAAAACGGGGAAGAAAGUUAGACACAAUACAGACACACAUAUACAAGUACACAAGGAAACCGACCCGAUAUCUAUGAAUUGACUUGUUCUUUGACUGUUUAGCUUCUAGCCGUUCCUUCUUUAUUUUUACUCGAGGACAUAACAUUUCACGCUGAAUAUAUUUUAAAAAAACAAACAAAAAACAGAUCCACCAUGAAGCAGAAUUCAUUCAUAUGUUUUCCUGUGGUCAAAUAAAGUUACCAGAUGUGAACAUUUCUGAGAGAAGUGAGAGCUAAAGAUACUAAAUUCGUAUCAAAAUGCAGCUCAGGAGCUGCUUUGUCAACAGCGAAUAAGAAAUUAUCGCUGUUGACAUUCGAAGGUGAUUGACAGACAUAUUUCAGAUUAUUACAAUAAAAUUAAAUAUCCGUCUACAUG